AAGUGAAAUACCUCAGAUUUUAACAUUUAAACUUUUAUUACGUUUCGUUUGUGGCAGAAGAAAGUUCAAUUUUUCCAAAUAUCGAAUUGUGUAUUUUUUUUCGAACUGCGCAUACGUGAUGCACGCAUACAAAGAACGCAAUUUCGUGUUCUCGUUCUUACGUAAAACUACACGUAAAAUCCUAUCCGUUAAUCUCCACCAAAAGACGCAAGCACGCGACAAAGAAAUUAAAUCCCCCGUUUAAUUCAUAAGUAAUCUCAUUUCGAGGCGCAUAAUAAAUUUCGCUUUAUCGCUCCUUCUAUAUUUAUCCGUCUCUCUCUCUUUCUCUGUCGUUCUCGCGCGCGCGCGCGCGCGCUCUGUUCCGUUUAAUUCGCUGUUUAUUUUUCUCGCGUUACGCGACCGCGCGUAGGCGUAUUCUCUCUUUCAUUCCGUUCUCUCCUCUCGCGCUCUUUCACUCAUCGUGCGUUGUUUUGCUCCUUCUCCCCUCCCUCACUCCCUGUCACGCGUGUGUGCGCGCGCGCGCGCACAAUGUAUGCAUGCGUGUGGCUGGCUGUGUGCGCGUGCUCGCGCGAUCGGCUUCUCUCGGUGGCGUUCGAAGCGCAGUUACCUCACGCGGCACUUUCGUAUCGGUGGUAUCGCGACUGUUGUGUAUAUAGUUGCCGUUUAUUUAUGUCGGGAAUCUGCAAUCGGCGGGUAAAUGUGGUGAAACGGCAGUGAGAAAAGAAGAAGAGCAGUGGAGAGCAGAAGGAGAAGAGCACGGUCGCGGCAACUGCAGGAGGAAGGAAUCCAAGACGAUCGCGAUCGAAGCAGAGGCACGUCGUGAAGAAGGAAAAUAAUACAUAUAUAUAUAAAAAAAAAAAAAAAAAAAAUCCACGCGGAUUCCUGACGUUUUACUUGAGGAACGCUGCAAACGGGGAGCACUCGAGUAAAAUUCAUGCAUUCCUGAGUGCUUAUAUAGAUCGAUCGACAGUGAUCAAUAGACGGGAUACGCGAUUCGCCAACACGAAGGGGGGGAUAUUUGAGAGAGAGAAGCUGUGAAGUCCAUUUGAAAAAAAGGCCGGGAGUCAACUUGGGUAGAAACGAAAAUUCAUUGAGCCGCGCGAGAGGAUCCAUCGAAGACGACGCACGAUCGACGUUGAGGAGAGAGGCGCUUCAGAGAUUCCGCGCUGGAAAUAUUCACUGAUCGUUGUUUAAUCGCGAGGGAGAGACCGUUGGAGAAUCUAACAGGAGCAGCAGCGGUGUAGAAAGAAAACUUUCCGCGUAUAUCUCUCCGUCUCGGCCUCGGUUGCCGCCGCUGUUGCCCGCCGCCGUCGUCGCUGUCGCCGUCCGCGCGGAUUGGUGCACGUUCCUCCUCUCUCUCUCUCUCUCUCGUUCGGCGUGCGUCGGUGUCGUCAUCGGUUGGUUUACUUGUGCGCGUUCGUGCGCGCAGUUACGCGGCCGAAGGUAGCCGACGUGCGGCGAAGUCGCCCGAGGCGGCGCGGCGCGGCGCGGCGGCCCAAGACAUCACGAUUACGUAUCUCGCCGGUAUUCCCCUCCCUCCCUCCCCCCCCUCGUUCUCGCCUGCGCGCCCGUCGUCCGCGCACGUGCGCGCGCGCGUCGUCGUGUGUGUGUGUUUGUGUGCGUGCUGUGCGUGAGGCUGUGUACGCCCGGGUGUGCGUCCUCGGCACGUGUGUUGGCGCGGGAGCGUGCGGCAGAAGAAAGGGGAACGAGCGCGAACGGAAGCAGCCAGGAUUACUCCAAACCGAGGAAAUAUGAGCAUUGCUGCCCUAUUACAAGCCGCCGAGUACAUUGAACGAAGGGAAAGAGAAGCUGAACAUGGCUAUGCUUCAACGAUGCCAAUACCCGAUGAUAUGCGGACGAUUACAAAGAGGCCAAAGACGAAAAAGUCCCAAGGCAGCAGAACGACUCAUAAUGAGUUGGAGAAAAAUAGGAGAGCCCACCUUAGAACUUGUCUCGAGAAGCUGAAGCUGCUAGUGCCACUCGGACCUGAAACCUCAAGGCACACCACGUUGGGCCUUUUGACCAAGGCCAAGCGGUUUAUCAAGAACUUGGAGGACCGCGAGCGUAAGCACACCAUACACAAGGAGCAGCUGUCGCGCGAGCACAGGUUCCUGAGACGGCGGCUCGAGCAGCUGACGAACCAGACCGGCCUCCAUGGCCUUCAUGCGCUUCAUGGCCUCCACGGGCUCAGCACGAGCGCGCCGACCGGCUCCGUCGCCGCUGCCGCCUCCGCAGCGAUGCUGUCCAAUAAGCGGCGUAGUAUCUCUGAGUGCUCCCUGGGCACGGCGUCCACCAGCUCGACCGGAAGCUCCAGUAACUCGGACAGGUCUGCAGGUAGCCCAUCCAUCUCGGAGUCUGAUGAAGUGGAUGUGAUUGGUUACACGAGCAAUCAAUCGGACACCGAUGAUCAUAGUAGCGUACAGAGUAGUAGCGACAGUGGUGUCGCCAUGUCCACCUCCAGACUGACUCUUUCCGAGAUGAUGGACAAUCUUUAGACAAAGAGGCGGUGCGAUGCGAUGGCGGCGAAAGAAGAAACGAUUGAAGAAGGAAAAGGGAAAAGGAUAGGGGAUAGGAGAUAGAGCGAAAGGAAGAAGAUCCAUCGAGGCGUACGAAAAUUGACGGCGCGCGAAAUAUCGACUCAUACACACAUUACAUAUAUACACAUAAAAUGCACAUUUAAAUUCGUACUCAAUACAACUUUGUCCUUCCAAAAUGGCCUGACUGGCAAAGCAACGUUGAAGAAGAAGAAGAAGAAGAAGUGUUUUAGAUACCAUUCGACUUGGCGAAGAUCUUCAAAAAACUGAAUAAAUUAAAAAAAAUCAAUUAUGAAAGAGGUACGAGAUACUUGGAUUACCAAGGCUCAAAGAACAUCAAUUGUAACGCAAGAAGAAGAAAAUAGAAGAAACGAAGUUAUCUUUGAUAUCAUUUCAGUUCUAACCUAUUAUAAAAAGGAGAAGAAGUCUUCAAUACUUUCAUUGAAUAUUGCGGAGAGAGAUAAAUGACCUGGAGAAAAAGAGACUAAUGUAAAACUGAAAAUGGAAGAAACGAUCCAUUCUAACAAUAUGGAAACGGGUAGAAAGGAAAGGAUGUAUAAAAUAUAAAUAUCAUCAACUAAGAAGAACAACAUUUGGAAAUAUUGAUCGGAGAAAUUAAUAAGAAAAUAAACCAGUUGUUUAAAAAAAAACUGUAAAUGCAAAUAGGAAGAUUUUACAAUUUCUGAAAUUGCAGUAAAGUCUGGUAUAUUAUGCAUUCAAAAGAAAAUAAAGGAAAAACAACUGGAACAAAGAAAGAUGAAAGAAACGAAAUAAAAGAAGAAAAAUUAAUCUAGACAAGAAGGCAAAUAAUUUGGAACAAAGGUAAAGAGUUAAGAAGAAGUGAGAAGGGAAGAAGAGAAAAAAAAUGGGAAAAUUUGACAAGCAAAAAAUCAGCUACUUUUUGAAAAGUUGAUGUCGAAAAAAGGAAUAGAAGUAUGAAAAAUAAGAAAAAA